UGGAAUUUGCAAUGGCGUUGAUGUAAACAGUUACUACGGAGAGCAGUCGAUAAACCAGUUUGCUCAGGACACAACCGUAAAAAGAAGCCUGUCCUUGUCAUGUGAAAGUGCAUGCUGCCGCUGUGACACCAGAUGGCGCUCAGUGGGGGGCUGGAAGGGCAGGACCUGAUUCGCAACCUGCGUCAGCUCAUCUACAGCUUUGAGCCGUACAUCCGCGAGGCUGUCUCCACGGACCAGAUAGAGGAGAACUUGAUACACUUGGAGGAGAGCGAGGAGAACUUCCACAAAUAUGAAAUCAUAAAGUUGCUGAAACGGAAAAUUGACGAGCUUCUGGGACCUUUGAUUGAUGAUGAAAUUGAGCGGUUCUCUACAGUUGGACAUAUUGGGGCCAACGGACAGGAGACGGUGGUCAGUCGAAUCACUGACCGCAUCCUGCAGUCACAACAAUACCAUGACUUCAACAAGAAACUGAAGCGUAAUAUGACUGGUGCUAUUGACCAGCUGCAGCAGAACUUUGAACAGGAGUUCUCGGGUGGUCGUCAUGGAGAUGCUGGGUUUCAGACCCGCCGGGACAAUGUUGUUACAGAUGAUGAGGAGGGAAGUGUGAUGAUGUUUGACCAUGAUUACAUGAAGCAUGUGGCAGACAGUCUCGGCAAGAGCAAACCCACACAAACACGGCGGGAUGCUCUUCAGAAGCUGAACCAGAUCAUGUCUGCCGACUCCGUCAACUCUGACCACUGGCUUCAGUUGAAGCGUAACCUACAGCAAGUCAUGUCCGACCCUGAUGAACAACUCUCGGCCCUGAGUGUGAAGUUCAUAGCCAAAGCUUUCACAAGCACCACACAUCAGACCAGAGAGAUCUACAUCUUGCUGACGGAAUACCUCCUGGAGCAAUUCCAGUCCCCGAGCAGCUCCAUCCCCCAUGUCAAGGCGGGACUCGACUCUGUCCGCCCAGAGAUCAGCAAACUCCUCAAGGCUUUACGCCUGAUGAAUGAGUUCCAGCAGGAAGCACCAAACUACUGGAUACGAUAUCCUGAUAGGUAUGUGGAGGAAAUUGUCGAGAGCACCCUGAACCUCAUAUCUGUGCCCCAGUCAGGGCCCACUCAGAGACUCGCACCAUUACAUUUCAUUGCUCUGAUUGACCCCAAGGCCCAGUGGUUCAUCAAAUGGAUGCACGGCAACUACAGCAGGAAGGUGCUACUGCAGACUCUAGAGAAGUACAGACCAGUUGUUGAGAACACAGUAAAGCACUGCCUGGAGUUCUCAGCUGCCCGCAAGUUCCCCCAGGACAUGAUGAGUGAGAUGUCCGACUCUGUGUCCAAGUUGUCCCUCAAUAUAUCAUCAAGUGACCAGCGAAUGUUUUACACUGGACCAGAGUUGGAUUACGCAUACUUCAUCCACUGUGUGUGUAUCCUAGGGAAACUCCUGUGUUUCCAGAAUGGGCGCAAGUUCUUCCCCCUCAAGCUUAAAGACGAAAGUGUCACCAUCAACCGACUACUGAAGGCUCUAGUUCUACUGAUUGUUGACCCAGGCAGUUCCUCCUCCAACAAGUCCCCCAGUAAUCAGUACGAACCUGCAACGUUUGUCACGAUGGUGAUGAAGGAUCUGUGCAAGUCGGAGCAGGUGUGUCAGAUUUGUCUGUGUAACGACGACAUCACCGACUCUCUCCUCUCCCCUGUCUUCAAGUUCCUCGACAACAACCUGGGCAACCAUCCUCCCAGUGAGGGUACACUCCUACACGUGGCGGACAUCUUGUCUAUUCUCGCUUCCAACAGUAGGGGGCGCUGUCACCUCAUGUAUGGAGAAGGUCGCGAUUUACAGAAUCGCUCCAAGUCAUCAGCAGCCCAUGUUAUUGCCGAGUUCACAAAGAAAGCCCUGAUGUCCUCCCUGCCGUGUGGCGCAGGGUCUCAGCCCUCCUCUACUGUAGUGGGAGCCUACCUGUACAUAUGUAGACAGCUGUAUAAUACAUGUCAGGGCCUGCUGGUGCUACAGCAGUACGACCUGCACAACACAGUGGCUACAGCGUGGAGAGAGGCCUCCCAGGCAUCUGACCGGGCUGCCACGCCCACUCCGUCCGACUCCAGCACUGAUAUCAACAAGUCUCACAAGGAAGUCAGUGUGCUGUUCUGGGAAGACACGCUGCGCGACAACCUGUUGAACUUCGCAAGCACCGCCAAAGGCAUCCUGCUGCUCCAGCUUACCGGUGCCAUCAACGAGUGUGUGUCCUACAUGUACACCAGAUAUGAAAAGAAACUACAGGUCAGCAAGUGUGAGAAAUUUGGAUAUGGAGUGAUGGUGACUCAGAUGGCUGCCACAGCACCAGGGAUAGUGGCUCUACAAAACACUGGUUACAUUAAGGCCCUGAUGACAGAGCUGUGGUCAUCCCUGGAGUGUGGACCUUCAGAUGAACCAGUCUUCACCCCCAAGAGCUGGCCAGUGGAUGCAAUAGACCGGCUCUCACACAAGCAUCUGAGCCGACUUCUGAACAUACUGUCAGGUUUCCCAGCCGUGUAUGAGGUGCUCGCCGAGAAACCUCUGCCUGUGCGAGACAGCUACAGCUUUAGAACCAUGCCGGACACAGUCGAUGCACUGAUGGACCGGUUGGUGAUGAUAGACAGUCCAGCCAAGAUCCACUCUCUCUUCAACUACGAGCAGUCUCAUUCUUUUGGUCUCAGGGUGCUGUGCGUGAUGACGUCAUGCCUGGACACGUAUCUCCUGCUGCAGUCCCAGUACAAGUUCCAGGAGGUGUUGCUUCAGGCCCAGGCUGACAACGUCACGGAGGGCAGUGACCAGACAAUAGUGGACGUGUUGUCUGUAGAGAGGAACUUCCUGCUGGUCAAGACACACCUGAUUGGUGGACCCACGGAGAGGAUGAUCCCCCCUCGAUCUCUGGAACAGACUCGGGAUGGUGUGUACCCCUACCCCCUGUUCUCCGCCUACCCCCUCCCCAGGGAGUACUGCCCCAACCUGGCCGGCCGGUCAGCCAUGAAGCAAGCCUUAGAGCCAACUGCUGAAGGCCGAGACAAUGAGCUCAGUAAGUUCCUCACGGGGAAGGGAGACAGGAAGAUGGCGUGGGUGGAGAAAGGCCGCAACAUCUUCGUCAAACUCCUCACCAACAAACCAGAACAAGCCAAGGGGAGCUUGAUGCAGCAGUUGCUGGAGCAACUUGUCAGCACUCUCAGCAACAUCCCGGAGGAGGCCAUCUUCCCUCUGCUGGACUUCUCACCUGAUGACAGUGGGAUGAAGAAGUUCACACUGUCUCCUCUACAACUGCUGGGAAUUAAGACAGUUGUUAGAUACGGGAUGCACCUCAAGGCCAUCAACACCUCUGCGGCUGCCACGGACGGCCUGACCCAGCUCCUCAAACAGACUGGUUACUUCCUGAAACAACAACAGAAGGUCUUCAGGUCCUCACUCCGCUACCUUCAUGGCGGCUACCCUGGCUUUGACUGGUUUGCUGCGACGGUGUUCCUCAUCUUCCACGGCAACAUGGACCGAGCGUGGAAGUUCCUGUACAAGUUCUCCUCCCUGGGGGUGUCUGGCUAUCUGUGGAUGCCACGACUACAUGCUUCUGUGCACCUGCCGCCUCCACUGAUGAUGAGUGGCAUCCACCCUGUCUUCUCCAGCACGGCACACAACAUUGAGUUCAUCCUGCAGACAGAGCUCCCUCUGGUGGCAUCUGCUUUCAAGAUGUCUGGAUACACUCCUGCUCAGAUCUGUGUGCACUGGCUAAAGCAGUGUUUCUGGAACUUCCUUGACUGGGGCGACAUCUGCCACUACGUGUGCACCUGCAUCGUCCUUGGUGCCGACUAUCAAGUGUACACAUGCGUCGCCAUCCUGCGCCAUCUCCAGCGCGACAUCCUGCAGCACAUGCAGACGCAAGAACUCAUCUUCUUCCUCAAGGAGGAACCUAUUACUGGGUUUCGGAUGGCGGAGAACAUCCGCUACAUGCAGGAACUGGAGAAGAGGUUCCGCAAGAUCGUCCAGCCGGACAUGAUGAACAUCACCAAGCCAUGAGGACCUGCUGAGGACAGUUGUUGGGACCUGAAGAGGACAGCGGGGACAUUCAUCAGUGGGACAUGGUUCCUUUGCUAGGCCUGAUGGUAGAGUGUCAGUGAUGUGAGAUCGUGCUGUUGACAGCAAUGGACAUUUGGUAGUCUUGAGUCUCGUCUCCUGCUGACGCUAACCAGGGAUAUUAAUAUUAACGAUUUAUACGUCUGUACUGUGCCAGUUUACAUUGUAGCAUCAGAGAUGCACUUGUCCACUGUUUUCAGUCCAGGUCUACGCUGAAAUAUUUGUCGCCUGUAAGAUGUUUGCAAGGCAGUAAAAAGUGAUAGCUGCAUUGAACUAAAUAAUCUUAGCGCUAAGAUGAUCAUAACUCCAUUCUUUAACAUAGGUUUCUGUUGUUAGCUUGACUCCUCUGUCCAUAUACUGAGCACCUACCUUGACUGGUCCAAUGUCUGUCAAUAUGCUGAGCACCUGGCUCGACUCCUCUGUCUGUCGAUAUACUGAGCACCUAUCACGGCUUGUCCAAUUUUGGUCAACAUGCUGAGCACCUAGCUUGACUCCUCUGUCUGUCGAUAUACUGAUCACCUAUCGUGACUGGUCCAAUGUCUGUCAAUAUGCUGAGCACCUAGCUUGACUCCUCUGUCGAUAUACUGAGCACCUAUCACGGCUGGUCAGGCAGUCUUGUGUAUGAUAAGAAUGUUUUCUCAUUGUCAUCUGCAAUAGGGUUGUGACAGGUUUAUUGCACAGGAGAUACCAUCAUGAUGUCCUGAUGGACCAGAAUGGACACUGUACAAAUGUAUGGUCUUUAUUGUGUUAGGACGAGAAGAAAUCUUUCAUUUUUAGUCACAUAUACAAUCAUGAGAUAGAUCUUUGCAUUUAGAAUAUUUUGUUGAGAAAAUUGUUGUUGUGAGGCAGGUAAACUUAGACAGGUCGAUUGUUUUAAUUAAUACUUUGAUUGGAUUAUUUCAAGUAGAUUGUUUUACGUAAAUUAUCAAGAUCAAAUUCUUGAAAAGGAUAUGAAUAUGAUUAAAUUCUUAGGAGGCAUAGCAACUCUCUUCUCUAAUUUUGAAAACCUCAUCUGAAAGACAGAUAUUGUUCAAUGUUAUGAAUAUUCAUGUUUUAAUUCUAAAGUUGAGCUAAAUGGUACAUAUAACGAUGUCAGCCUUGGUCAGAUCUGCACAGUCCACAGAUACAAAGCCAUCUGCAAUCAAAGCUGCCUGGCUGUUGUUUUUCAUAGAUUCAUAAAUCAUGUUAAUCAGUGUUUUAAGAAUGUUUAAGUCAAUAAUCAUGAUGAAAAUCAAAAUGAAAAUAUUCAGUUUCUGCGUCAGUGGAUUCAGCAGUAUGUAUAGAUAGAUUAGCAUGUAUACAAUGUAUGUUUUGUUUAGAGACCGACCAUUUAAUACAGGGUGGUAUGGUGUCAGAAAAUUCAAUCUAUAACCCAAGUACAUGUAAUUCAAAAGAAGAGCCUUACACAGGUAGCAGGUGUGAGAGUGAGUGAGUGAGUGAGUGAGUGAAUGAGUGAGUGGGAGUGAGUGAGUGGUUGGAUGUCUUGGUGAGUGAGUCUGUACAACAAGUUGUCCCAUCAGUGUCAUAAUGUUAUUGAUCUCUAGAAUGUUUAUUUUGGAGACAUUUAACUUGGCAUAAUGCUUGAUCUGUGAUUUGAUGUUAUAACAUCAUCCGUCCAACAUUCCAUCAUAGGGUAUGUUUUCAUAUAAUAAACAUAUUCUUUCAUAUUGAA